AUGGCUUCGCAACAAAAGGUGCUCAUGCUCGGCGCGGGCUUCGUGACCCGGCCGACGCUCGAUAUUCUCAGCGACUCGGGCAUUCCCGUGACUGUUGCCUGCCGCACCCUGGCCUCGGCCCAGCAGCUCUCCGAGGGCGUCAAGAACGCGCACCCCAUCUCGCUCGACGUGACCGACGACAAGGCGCUGGACGCCGAGGUGGCCAAGCACGACCUCGUCAUCAGCCUGAUCCCCUACACCUUCCACGCCGUUGUCAUCAAGUCGGCCAUCCGUAACAAGAAGCAUGUCGUCACGACUAGCUAUGUCUCGCCCGCCAUGCUGGAGCUGGAUGCCGAGGCGAAGGCCGCUGGUAUUACGGUCAUGAACGAGAUUGGCCUGGACCCGGGUAUCGACCACCUGUACGCCAUCAAGACGAUCGACGAGGUCCACCAGGCCGGCGGUAAGAUUCUGGGCUUUGUGUCCUACUGUGGUGGUCUGCCGGCCCCGGAGGACUCGGACAACCCACUCGGCUACAAGUUCUCAUGGUCGUCGCGCGGCGUGCUGCUGGCCCUGCGCAACGCCGGCAAGUGGUGGCAGGACGGCUCCAUCGUCGAGGUCGCCGGCAAGGACCUCAUGAACACGGCCAAGCCGUACUUCAUCUACCCGGGCUUCGCGUUCGUCGCCUACCCGAACCGCGACUCAACCCCGUACAAGGAGCGCUACGCCAUCCCCGAGGCCCAGACCAUCGUCCGCGGCACCCUCCGCUACCAGGGCUUCCCCCAGUUCAUCAAGGUGCUCGUCGACAUCGGCUUCCUCGAGGACACCCCGCUCGACGUGCUGUCGAAGCCGGUGCCGUGGAAGGAGGCCACCAAGGCGGUCAUCGGCGCGUCGUCGCUGUCGGCCUCCGACCUCGAGUCCACCGUGCUCUCCAAGGCGACCUUCGAGUCAGACGAGGACAAGAAGCGGAUUCUCUCCGGCCUCCGCUGGAUCGGCCUGUUCUCCGACGAGCCCAUCACCCCCAAGGGCAACCCGCUCGACACGCUGUGCGCGACGCUGGAGCGCAAGAUGCAGUACGAGGAGAACGAGCGUGACCUGGUCAUGCUGCAGCACAAGUUCGAGAUUGAGCACAAGGACGGCUCGCGGGAGACCCGCACCUCGACGCUUGUCGAGUACGGCGACCCCAAGGGCUACUCCGCCAUGGCCAAGCUCGUGGGUGUGCCCUGCGCCGUUGCUGUCAAGCAGGUUCUUAGCGGCCAGCUGACCGACAAGGGCGUGCUGGCGCCUAUGAAUGCGCGUAUCAAUGAGCCGCUGAUGCGCGAGCUCAAGGAGAAGUAUGGUAUCACCAUGGUGGAGAAGACCAUUUCGUAA